GAUGUGGGAUCCAUUUGGUUCAUUGUGUGAUUGGCCCAUGUUUUCAGCUUUAUUUUGGUUUCUUUCGCUUCGAAUUUUCAUUUCUGGUGUAGAUGGGUCUUUUACGCUUUUCAAAUUCUUCGUAGAGUUUUCCUGUACGAGUAUAGUAUCUCGGUGUUCUGUUUCUGAAGACAUUGUUUUUCUGGUUUACUCUAUUCCACUCAUGCUUGCGAGCUUGAGGAUUUCUCUGGUUUUUUCUCUACUUGAUAACUUUGACAUCUGAGAGGAAAUUCUGUACUGGGUUGAAAUUUGAAGCAAUGUAUUUAGUUGAGAGCAAAGGAGGUGCCAUAGUAUGUAUGCUCUUGGCCCUUCUCUUCUUGGGAACAUGGCCUGCUGUUAUGACUCUUUUAGAAAGAAGAGGUCGUCUUCCUCAGCAUACCUACCUUGAUUACUCUAUCACCAAUCUCUUGGCUGCUGUGAUCAUUGCCUUCACAUUUGGUCAGAUAGGCCAUAACUCGCACAACGAACUGAAUUUCUUACAUCAACUUUCUCAGGAUAACUGGCCAUCUGUUCUGUUUGCAAUGGGCGGUGGUAUUGUACUCAGCCUUGGAAAUCUGUCCACACAAUAUGCCUGGGCUUUCGUCGGUUUAUCAGUUGUAGAAGUAAUCACAUCAAGCAUAACAGUUGUUAUAGGAACAACCUUGAAUUACUUUUUGGAUGACAAAAUCAAUAAGGCUGAGAUUCUUUUCCCUGGAGUUGGCUGCUUUCUGAUUGCUGUUUGUCUAGGCUCUGCUGUUCAUUCAUCUAACACUGCUGAUAAUAAAGCCAAGCUCAAUAGCCUGUCAAGUGAUCAAAAAGAUGGAGCUAUGAAUACUUCGUCACUGACAGCAGCAACUGGAGUCAAAUCAAAUGAUAUAGAGAGUGGAAGUGGUUCUGCAAAGAAAGUGAAAGCAGGAACUGCAAUUUUCCUUAUAGAGCUUGAGAAAAGGAGAUCAAUCAAGGUUCUGGGGAAGAGCACUGUGGUGGGAUUAGCAAUAACAUUCUUUGCUGGAGUUUGCUUCUCUUUGUUCUCACCAGCUUUCAACUUGGCAACAAAUGAUCAGUGGCAUACUUUGAAGAAAGGGAUUUCCCAUUUGAGUGUUUACACUGCCUUCUUCUACUUUUCGGUUUCUUGUUUCGUGAUCGCCAUCAUUCUGAACAUCACCUUCCUUUACUAUCCUGUCUUGAACUUACCCAAGUCAUCACUGAAAGCCUAUCUGGGAGACUGGAAUGGAAGAGGUUGGGCAUUCUUGGCUGGUCUUCUUUGUGGCUUUGGGAAUGGUCUUCAGUUCAUGGGAGGUCAAGCUGCAGGAUAUGCAGCAGCAGAUGCUGUACAGGCACUUCCACUUGUGAGCACUUUUUGGGGCGUUGUUUUGUUUGGAGAGUAUAGAAAAUCAUCACGAAGAACCUAUAUACUGCUAGGGAGCAUGUUGUUCAUGUUUAUUGCUGCUGUGGCAGUGCUCAUGGCAUCCUCAGGGCAUCGUAAAUGAUCAUUCACUCCCACAGCAACAUGUCAAACACACACACACACAUAUAUAUAUAUUCACUACGAUCAUUAGUGCUUGCUUAUAACUUAACUGGAAGAAACGUCCUACAAAGAAGAAAAGGAUAAACGGAAGAAAAAAAAGCAGGAGCGAAGUUUUGUUUUUCUUUCUUCUCUUUCACUUUGUCUUUUUUGGCCAACACUGGCCGGCCAGCACUGUUAGAAUGUUACUAGUACUUGUAAAACACGAAUAUUUUUUAUUUAAUAUCGAUGUUCUUUUCUUAUUCUCUUCA